ACCUAUGUAUGUCUAUAUAUAUAUAUAUAUGAAUGCAUGUAUGUGUAAGUGCGUGUGAAGGAAAGAGGAGAGAAUAAGUUAGUUUUAUCUGCUGUCCUGACCGAGAAGCCAGUCAAAAUAAAGUGUUUCGUAGUGUUACAAGAGAGAGAGAGAGAGACCUCCAGCAAGCACCUGCCGGGGAGACUUCUAUAGGAAAUAUUAGCUGUGUGUAGAUAUAACCAGAGUAUCUUGGGGAACAAAUCAAAAUGACGGAACCAGGAAAAAUGAGCGACGAUUUGAAGGAAGUUUUUAAAGCAUUUGUGAAGUUGGCUGGUGCCAAGACGGAGAGUGACAUGAAAAUGAUGAAUGCUAAGGCGUGUGGUAAAAUGGUCAAAGACUGCCUGCCAAAGGAAGUGUCAGGUAUUGCCGAUGCCAGUGUUUUCCCGAAAUAUAAGGAGAAAGGGAAACCAUAUAUGUUAAUGGAGAAUUUCCCGCAAUUUAUACGUGGCUGCGCCCAUGAAUACGCUAAAUUAAAAUCAAAAGAUCCUAAAUUACCAUUGGAUGAUCCUAAAGUGGAGAAAUACUACCAAAGUUUCGUCACCAAAUUAUCUACUGGAAGACCAAAUGUUAAAGAAGUGAAAGUGUCGAAGACCGGCAACGUGGAUAAAUUAACUGAUGCAUCAGGGUAUACGGGAACCCACAAAGAACGGUUUGAUGCCGAAGGAAAAGGUAAAGGGAUUGAAGGCCGCGUUGAUCUCCAAGACGAUUCUGGUUAUGUGGGUAACUACAAAGGUGCUGGAACCUUCGACGAAAAAAAAUAAUUUAUUCCAUCAGUAUUCACAUCACUUUCAUUCAGUAGCUUCUCUGUCUCUUUCUCUUUUUCUCUGUCUCUCAGUUCCUGUCUGUCUGUCUGUCUACUUACAUAUAUAUACAUGCGCGCGCGCGCGCGUGCUGAAAAAGUAUGAAUCAACCAAGUCAGAUAAUGAGCUGAACCACUUUGAAUGACUUUGAAACUAUUAGUAACGUUGAUGGACUGGUUCCUGUAAUGGCACAUACACACACAUCGUAUGUGUGCAUACAUGUAUGUGUGCAUAUAUGUAUGUGUGCAUAUAUGUAUGCGUAAAAAUGUGUGUAUAUAUAUAUAUGUAUAUAUAUAUAUGUGUGUGUGUGUGUGUGUUCAGCGAUAUCGAUUUGUCUACACCAGUAUUUAAUUCUCUCUCUUGCUCUCAUUCUUUCUUCCCGCUAUCAAUACUUCUACUACAAUCUCUUUAACUACAUUUGUCUGUCUGUCUGUCUCUAUCUAUCUUUGACCCUCUCUCUCUCUCUGUCGCUCUCUCCUGACUAUCUCUCUUCCAUUCCUUAUAAUCCUCUCCUGUUAUAUUUCUGUCUAUUUUACUGUAACUCACAUAAAAGUAUCAUUAAAAGAAUGUAGUUUUCAACAGAUCAA